UCAGGCAAAGGUUGAAACAACGAAAACAGCUGCGAGCACAAAAAAGACAGACACAGAGAGGAAGGGACGUGGUCAACCUACUAGCGAGCUAUGUGGCAAGACAGAGUGGGAGGACGAAGCUGAAACUAUCCGAUUCUUUUGCCUAUCAGACAUCCAGCUAAGGUUGCUAACGGCUUUUAGCUUUGAAGUCGGUUUUUGUGCUCCAUAACGUUUAGCUACCUGGAAUCCGACAACGCAGCAGUCAACACGGCAGAGAGAUAACAAAAAGGCCAAACUCCCAGACGACAGGGACGCGUUAGUUCAGGCUGUCCACCUUUUUUGUGAGGAGGAAGGAAGCACAGAGAGGCAACAAACCAGAGAGUCGAAAGAGAGAGACUGACCCAGCCUGACCCAGUGGACAUUAUUAGAGGAGGACAGAAAUGCAAGGCAGCAGAGUCACCCUUCCAGCCACCAGACGAAUUAAUGGAAGGAAGGAGUGAGGCAGAGAGUGAGACAGCGAGAUAAACCCCAUCUUUUCUUAGAGGGGAUUCUGGGUGGAAUGACCCUGUCAUGAUGCCACACUGUGCCACACCCUUUGACCAGGUGACCAAGGAGAGCGUGUCUGGCUAUCAGCCAAUCACAGAAAGAGCCCCAAUACAGCUACUUCAGAUUCCUGUUCAGAAACAUUUCCUCUCAAGAGCCUCGUGCAUCGCUGACGCUCCGCCCCUCUGGUCGUAGCUCCCGUGCCCACCUCCUUCACUCCUGCUUCCUCUGGGGUCCUUACUGUUUCCUGAUUUCCCAACUUGGGAUGUUGGCGUUGUUUCGUGGCAGCUGCCAUGGAGAUAGACAGGUUCCUUUAGUAGGCCAUUUUAGACACAACCUCCAGAUGUUGUGCCAGAUGCAGGUUGUCCACACGGGCAGGAUUAGACAAGGACGGGCACAGAGGUGCUGUGCGGCUCAGCUUCCUGAUUCACACUAUUUGACAACAUCGGAGCAGGAACUAUAGGACUUCCUAUUCCUGUGGAACAUCUUGCUCUGUUUCCUGGCACUUGUGAGGACCUACUUGACUCUGUUGCACAAAACUUAGUCAAGACUCUUAUCCUCCAUCGUAGAAACCAUGCGGCACAUUCACGUGGAGUUAGCCCACAAAAAGGCUCCAUUAGAGCUUCCAGCCCAGGAGGGGGACCUGCCUCCACCCACAGCCCCAACACAGGGCCUAGACCCUGGGGUCAGACCCGGGGCACCCAGGCACUUUGGACAGGAGGAAUUGCGGCUCCAAAAGGUCUAUCAGCUCUCCAUUUUCUCCCAGCUGGGGGGAUUUUCUACCUCCACAGAAUCCCACACUGAUACCCAACAGAGGCCCGUCCGGUUGGGCGUGAAAAGGGGGCUAGAGGAGCCCCAGCUGACUCAUAAGCGCCCCCACCUCGGGGACUCCACAGAUAAGGAGGUGUUGGAGGGAGGAGUGCUAUGUGGGCCAGCCCCAGCUCAAGGUGUUGGGAUGGGGUUAGCGAUGGGCCCCGGCGGGCCUGGUUCUGUAUACUCUUGCACACAGAUGGAGCACAGAGACUCAGAGGGGGGACUGUCACCAAGGUCUCCACCCCUCUCCCCAAGCCACAACCCCUCCCGACGCCCAACUCAGCACAAUCAUGACAGGCCCAUUCCUGAUGUGUUUGCUCCACUCUCACCUAAAUCCCCCCCAAUGUGUGAUCCACACGGUCAUCUUUGUGACCAGGGCCAUUCCAUCGGUGGCUCAGCCAGGACUGAGGCACCCAACGGGGGCCACACACCCACUUACUCACUAGGUAGCCCCGGAAAUGAGAGCUGUAGUAAUGGCUCAUCUGGAGGCCAGCCCAGCCCCUACUUAUAUGAAAUGUCCACAUAUGAGACUCCCAACCCUGCCAGUCCCACCAGCCCUCCAGGCCCUUUCUCCCCCCCACACCACACAGAACUGCAAGAGCCAGGCGAGGCCACCGAAUGGGAAGUUGGACUUGAAUCCUCCCCGCCAGAGCGAAGUGCCACCCAGGCUGCUUCCUCCUCCUCCUCUAAUGGCCUGGCUUCCUGGGAGAAAACUCCGAGCACUAACGGCCACCGUCUCUCCUCUGGAGGCCACUGGCCAGCCAAAAAGAGGCUUCUGUCCCCGAGUGAUACAGGGGAGUCGUGUUCAGAAGACGAGGGACCCUCCACAUCUAAGAGAAGCAGGCUGUCACUGCUGGCUCCAGGACUUGGCCCGGCCUCAUGUCGCAGCACUGAUGCUAAAGCUGCCCCUUACUGGAACCACCUGCUGCCCUCUGCAUGGGACCGGCCUAAGACAGCCGCAGACUGCACAAGAUCAGGGAGACGGGUGAAGAGUGGGCUGCGGCUGAAAAGUCGGCAGCUGCGCAGCGGCAGACACACAGACACCGGCCGCUCCGCACGCUCCAGCUGGCCCUCAUCUUCCAUCAGCAGAUCACUACUCGGCAACUUUGAGGAGUCUAUACUGAAGGGACGAUUCUCCCCAUCAGGCCGGAUCGAAGGCUUCACGGCGGAGAUCGGUGCCAGCGGCUCUUAUUGCCCACAGCACGUCACCCUGCCUGUGCAGGUUACGUACUACGACAUCUCAGAGCACAGUGCGCCCUCACCCUUCCUGGGGGUAAUAUCCCUCGAGCCUCUUGGAAAGAAAGGAUACAGCAUACCCAAAGCAGGGACCAUUCAAGUGACCUUAUUUAACCCCAACAAAACUGUGGUGAAGAUGUUCCUGGUGACCUACAACUUUGGCGACAUGCCCGUCAAUCACAUGACCUUCCUGCGCCACCGCAUCUUCCUGGUGCCUGUAGAGGAGGGGGUUGAAGGGAAAGGCGAGGCGUCUCCAGGGGGCGGAGUGCUAGACAGGAAGAAGAUUCUCUGCUACCUGAUACAUCUCAGAUUCCAGAGCUCCAAAUCUGGGAAGAUCUACUUGCACAAUGAUAUCCGGCUGCUAUUCUCCCGCAAAUCCAUCGAAGUGGACACAGGGAUCCCUUAUGAGCUGAAAUCUUUCACCGAGGUGCCAAGAAACCCUAAAUACUCCCCCCGCGUGUGACCCCAGCUUGACUUCUUUGUCCCCUCCAGUGCUUCCUAAAGAAGGAGGGAGGGAAACGGACAGACUGCUAGAAUGAUGGACACAAAACUUGAUGAGACUUGAUGAGACACGCCACAUGCACACAAGACACAGGUGCACACAUGACACAGCGUCGGUGGCGGUAAAAGCCCUGCUUCUUUACGCAUUUAUUCUCCAUUGAACGUCAAAACCAAAACCACUCUGUCAAACACGCCAUACUUGUAUCUUCCUUUCUCUGAAAAAAAUAGAAGAAAUAUUAGUGUUGGAGCAGCCCAGUAUUCAUGCAGGCAGAAGCAGGACUUUUACACCACGUUCAUCUGUGCAAACACACACACAGCAAAUACUCCACACGUCAACACUUCUGGUGGCGACUCUCUGAGUUCAGUGUUAACAUGCAUGCCUUGUGACUUAAACACCUGAAUUUUCCUCUAGUGCCGUAUCACACUGUCCUUCACUCUGCCUGCAGCUCCAGCCGCCUCAUCGGACCAAACAUCUCCACUUUCAGUUUGACAAAGGCCACAAAACAAGAAGCACAUCCCUGAUUGUGAGGGGAUUAAAAUGAUCACCCUCCCUCCACACUUUUCACACACUUUCUGACCAGCAGAGAGGAGAGGAGCAGAGACACCAACACUAGUGAAAGCGAAGGCUGAAACGUAGUCGGCCAUCUUGAUCGUGGAUGUCUUAUCAUUUAAAAGAAAACACACACUGACAUGAUUUGACCAAACUCAGGACAUCAGUUGAAGAAUACAUUUUUCAUGGUACAUACCACUGUGUUCACUUCAAACCUGGUGGGUCAUACCAUGUCAUAAAAAACAGGGGAAUCCAGUUCAUUUUAUGUAGCCAGACUGAGGGACACUGUGCUGUUUCUUUUUCAUUUUUUUUUUAGAUUCUGUUCAGAACAGUCUGAUGUUGGAGCAGAAAAUGAAAAAAAACAACAAGCUGUAGUAUUUUUAAUUUAUGUUUUCGCAAAUGUCUUAAAAAGCAAUAUGCUGCACAAAGUAGAGUGUGUUUUUCAGCUGGACGAGCUUUCUCUCUGGAGGGGGGAACAGAGAAAGCGGAGAAUUGAGAGUGAGGGAAGA